AUGUACAUUCCAUCGCAACACCGCUCCGUCGAUUCUUCUCCGCCACACUCGGCGUCACUUCCGGUUUCCUCCUCGGCGCUGCCACCUACCGUCGACAGCCAUGUAGCUACGGACAGAUCGGUAGCUGGCUUUGCCAAGGCAGCAGCCGAGCAAAACUGGGCAGCUGUACGAAUCCUUAGCGGGCAAUCAGCACCAAAGAUACACUCUUCCUUUGACGGCAACAGCAAAAACAAUGCAGCGUCCAAUGUGCUAUCCAAGCGGCAGAGCGCACAGACGACCAACGUCACUAUCGGUGUCGUUGUCGCCGUUCUCUUGACCCUCUUUGUUGUCUGCGUGGUGGCUUUUAUGUAUCGAUACCGCUACACCAUCCGCAUUCGUAGCCGCAAGAAGCGUCGCCACAGACGGCGUCGCCAUGCUGGUUCCAAGUCCUCCAAGUCCUCCAAGUCGGCGUCCGACAGCGCACCACCGUCACCGGCCGACGGAGCACCGGGGCCAUCCCAGCCGCCGCCUUCCGAAUGA